AUGGCGGCGGAGGGGGCCUGCGCGCUGCCCGGGGGGUCCCUCCUCCUCGUCUCCUCGUGCCGGCGGUGCGGGGGCGCGGGCGGCAAGUGGGUGCGGCUGAACGUGGGCGGGACGUGCUUCCUGACCACCCGGCAGACCCUCUGCAGGGACCCCAAGAGCUUCCUCUUCCGCCUCUGCCAGGCGGACCCGGACCUCGACUCCGACAAGGAUGAAACAGGUGCCUAUUUGAUAGACCGGGAUCCAACCUACUUUGGACCAGUGCUGAACUAUCUCCGACACGGGAAGCUGGUAAUCAACAAAGACCUCGCGGAGGAAGGUGUGCUUGAAGAAGCUGAAUUCUACAACAUCACAUCGUUAAUAAAGCUUGUGAAGGACAAAAUCCGGGAGAGGGACAGCAAAGUCUUGCAGUUGCCCGCCAAGCACGUGUACAGGGUCCUGCAGUGCCAGGAAGAGGAGCUGACCCAGAUGGUCUCCACCAUGUCUGAUGGCUGGAAGUUUGAGCAGCUCGUCAGCAUCGGCUCCUCCUAUAACUACGGGAAUGAAGACCAGGCGGAAUUCCUGUGUGUUGUCUCCAAGGAGCUGCACAACACCCCGUCCGGGACUGCCAGCGAGCCCAGUGAGAAGGCCAAGAGCGAAGAUGAAGAGACGGAUUGGGAGAUGCAUGACUCAGAGUAAGGGUGAAGGUCCAUGAUCUUGCAGGAACGCGGUUCAAGGAUGUAACGUCCCAGUACUGGAUGCCGAAGAAUGACCCCACAAAGAACCAUGACUGGCGGGGAGGAGAGCCCUUUCUUCAGACAU